AUGCCGGAGGAGAAUUCCAACACUGUGCCGUUGCUUAGUGAUAUUGAUAUCACACUCUUAUCAGACGAGGAACUGUCGAGGCUACGAGACGUAUUUGAGAGGCAAUGGGUCCUGCACGAAAUCAACGCCAAAAGAAAAAGGUAAAAUAUAUACAACUUAUAUUAUUUCAUCAGGAAGGUCAGGUUCAUAAAAAUGCCUGUACCCUAGGUGUCAAACCUACAGUAAUUAAGAGAGUGGUGUCCACCUUUUAGUGAAUACGUAAAUAAAGAACAGCAGGGCCGAAUCUAAGUGUCAUUUUAAUGGAAAGCACUGAGAAGGUACUCAUUUUCACUGAUCAAUGACUUUUAAAUCUCCUCACUAGAAAACUCGAGCAAGAAAUCAAGGAACUUGAAGAGAAAAUCGAUCAAAGAUCUUGCAGUUUGCACAGGAAAAAUAUCGCACAAAGCUGCAAUAUCUGUUUGACAGUUAAAGUGGCAUCAAUAUCGGCACUGGUCUGUGAAAGCUGCAGUAAAAAGACGUGUCCAAGAUGCGGGAAAAGAGAUGAAGUACGAUUUAUAUCCCAAUAUUUUUUUGGGUGAUCUUGAUAUAUAGUCUUAAAACUUAAGGCAUUAGAGAUCUUUAGCGGAUUCAUAGACUAGAGGCCUGACUAAUAGUUUUUAAAGAGGAUUUUUAUUUUUGACAGUGCAAGUGGAGGUGUGAUUUAUGCUUGAAGAAACGAGCAAGCCUUAUCAUAACUGGCGCAUGGUACAGUGAUGUUGAGUUUUGUGAAAGAUUCCAGGUUCAAGUGAUGCUUAAUAAAAUUGCUGAAGAAUUUGUGAGGCGAACGGAGGUGGUGUGUAUAAGAAGAUUUUUAAAGACACUUCUUUUGAUCUUCCUUAGUCUGUUGCAGGCGUUCAGAUCGUGCGGACGGCGCGAAGAGGAGUGAGCAGGAAAAUCCGUUCUCUUAUUUCGCGCCGCACUCCACUAUCUGAACCCCUGGAACAGGCUAGAUCUUCCGCUGUAAUACAUUGAUGAGGGCUUUAUCCAAUGAGGCGCAUAACUCCUCCAAGAUCUAGAUCUGCAAAUAUAAUUGUUCAUAUCAUGCACGAAAGCCGAAUCCAAUGAUUGGUUUAAUUAAAGUUCCAGUCUCAUAACCUGAUUUGCCUGUUAGUUUCAGAAUAUGAAAAGUAUUUAUUCUAGCAGACAUUCUUAAUACAGCACUAGUUUUCACCCCUCGAGUGGUUGUUUUUUCCUGAUCCUCACUAUGUUUUUGAGGCAGGAGUUAGCCUAUUUUGUCUUCAGAUAACGUAUAAAAUCUUCUGCUGUUUUCCUCGACUCUUCCAAUUCCAAGUCUGAGUCACCUGUCGAUAUCAAUUCACUGUAUUGAUAUCGCGGGGUUCCUUGUAAUUUCCAGGACAUAAUGCAUGGCGUUAUCAGUUAUCGUAAAUUGGCUUAUCUUAGGGCGGUUACCAAACGUCAGAACUGACUGGCUGGACCUGUUAUCUCUUGAAAAUGAAAUGGGUUGUUUUCGAUUGUUUCGCCAAAGACUCAUAAAUCAUGACUAUAUUUAGGAGUAAACUGUUCUGGCUGACCUUAGAUAAGUAAUAAAUCAUCAGAGCUUUCCUGACAUAGCUUUAUUGUUUUAUACAAUAUAAAGAGAAAUCUGAAACCUCGUACCCUUCAGUCCUAGAAGAUCGAUUUAGAGACUGAACUUUAAAGGUCGUUCUAAAAAAAUCCUUCUCAACGUAGGCAACUUGCAGAAGGAGAGAUGAGCCAGCUGUUAGAGUUUCAUCACCCCCUUACGAGCCACCGAGCCUUUGCAAUGCUCCUUCUUUAACCCAAAGACAGCAACAGCCUCAAAGCACUUUGAAGUACACUCAGAGUCAGACAAGACUGCACGUAAAAAGGUACCAAGGUGGAGAUGAUGAUUCCGAUGCUGACGGAGAUGAUGACGACGUUUUUGAAGAAGAUAAUAACGAGCAACCAAUGUACUCGGACGAAUAUCUCAGCUUUCCUCACCCAGAAGAACAGAGUCAAGGCGAGACGAGUGGUUCUUCGUUUAUCCUUUCCUCAUCAGUAGACGAAGAAACGUUUGGCGACGAGUUGCAGGAUGCAUCAGGAUAUGAACGUAGCUGGUUAGUCAGUUAAUAAUGCUAAUAUCACUGAGUGGAGUCCAAUUCGGUCUGUAAUUACACUCAUGAUUAAUCACUCGUAUGGUUACAGACCGAAUCAGACGAAUCAGUCAGGGCAGUAUAAAACUUAUCUCUAUUCAAGAUAUGAGAGAGUUUAAGACUGCAUUCAUGUGGCACAUUGUCUGACGAUUUUACAUUGAUUUUUUAGUACUCCUACAGACUACCAUGAGCUGGAAAAUCAGACAACACAGCGAAAAGUAAGUCAUUAAUGAUUAGUUUACUAUAAAUUUUUCUUGUCUUCCCUAAAACUAACGAAAUCUAUAAAGUAAGAAGGAUAAUAAUAAGUGAUAUUAAUUUGGAACGCUUUUUUAUAAAAGAGUAUUUGUGAAAGCUUACAAUUCGGUGGUCUUUCCAGGCCCUGAUGGCUGACGGCUUUAGAUUUAGAAUUGUCGUCGCAGAGUAAGGCCAGGGCAACACAGCCAGGCAACAAUUUGAAUGUUGCCUGAAGAUAGACACUAGGGAGCUGGGAACGUCAUUCUCUUUGUGGUUCUUCAUAUGCUUUUGUACAUUAUGCAAGCAAAUUAUUCUUUGAGCAUUUUUGCUAGGCAAAAGCGUUAAGCAUUAUUCGAGUAAUUUAGUGGCAUAUUCUUGGAAAAUUUUUAACUUUCUUCUCAGAGAAAGUAAAAAUUAAAACAUUUUUUUUGAAGAAAUAUAUCCAAACUUCACCCUAAUUCGGGGAUCAUUUUUUGCUGUAUUAAAACUAUUAACUUGCUUACAUUGUUGUUAUACCACUUAUACAUUUUUGUUAGCCUUAAUAAACUCUCUAAAAACGCUAAGAAUCUAUAAAGCAAAACUCUUAAUGAUGAGCAUCAUCCUAGCAUUUUAAUGACUAAUUUGAGGGCAACGGAGCAUUUUAGUGGGAAAAAUGGACCAUUAAAGACGAGCAUUUUAGUGAGGAAACAAUAGUAUAAUUUACAAAAGCUUAGUUCUUCAAGUGGACAAGAGUAAGCUCCGAGGCCUGAAGUACUGUGAGACGGGCUUACGUUUCAUGCUUUUGUUUUAGUUUUCUUAUCGGGAAAAACUGCAAGGUCUAACAUUUGCAAAUGUGAAACACAAACAGUAUCCUGCGUGUUAGUGUGGCCGGUAUUUGAACCCAUGCCUACAGCUAACCAGACCCGCUUUUUGGUGAAUAAGCAGUUAUUCUGAAUAUGUUUGUUGAAGCAUACUAAAACUUCAAGUUAAAAGUAAUAUUUCCUGCAAUGCGAUUUUUUUCCUUUCCAUGUUUCAAAGGGGGUACCUAAUACGUUGAGAAAAAGAUUUUGAAAACAAAUAUUAACUGAUAAUUAAAAAGCGACAUUUCAAAAUUUUUAAAUUUCUUUUAUAAUUUAUUAUACUUCAUAUAAGGUAAAAACAUCAAAAAUUUAUAGGGGUAAAUUAUUACCCCGAAAAGUUUUUCAUAUCUGAAUCAAACUCAGCUCUAGUCCGUGCUAAGCUAAACUGAUCUUUAUUGUUUUUCAUGAAGAUUGCAGUGUCUACAUUGUCAAACAACCAGGGCGUAUGCCCAAUCAUUCAAAUGGUUUCUCUUCGCAAAAGUACUCUCUUUUAUGGAGGAUCUGGAUCAGGUAUACUUUAAACAUACUCACGGUAUUGUGGAAGGGUGUCUCGGAGGAAAAGGUAUUGGCAGAUUAAACAAAAAAAAAAAACACACAAAUAAAGUGGAGUGAGAUUCAAUGGGACACGCAUCAGUUGAUUGAACGGAUCUUGAGAUUUAUACCCUACUCAAUGCAACCCCCUCCGCAGAUUUUGCUAGUUGCGAAUGACGCAUUAAAUAACCUGGCAAAGGAGAGAGAUUUUGGGACCUAGAUUGAUCGAGUGCACUCUUUCAGGAGCGUAGCCUUCUGUGCGGAACGCUCCAGGUAUGACCUCAAUCCUUGUUUCAACUUUUAUCCUUUCCUUGUAGCUUUAAGUAGCUUUAGGUACCUGUAAAACGGAGCACUGAAACAGAUAGGGAGGGAGGGGUAAAAUGAGCGCAUCUUCGGCCUUCAGGUUUAAUUUGUCCCGGUUUAAGUACUGUUACGAGUCACCAACAUAAAGUAAGGCCUAUAUCUCUACUCUAAAAUCUUUAAUUAUUUCUGUUAUUUUGGUAAAUAUUACUUUUUGGAUUCCUUCUUUUAAGAAGUAGUAGUAAACGUAUGAAGAAGAGAUCAUCUCCCAGUCCAUAUCUAAGAGCUCACAUAUGCAUGUUGCGUCUCUUCUGAAGAACAGAGCCAUUUUGUGUAAAGCUCAGUGUACUGGGUUAUUUAGCGCUCACGAGGUGUCAAUGUCGCUGCGUUUAUUACAGGUUCCGAGUUUGGUAUUAAAGUGGUCGGAGGAAGAAUGUGUACAGGUGGCUUCAAUGGUGUAUAUGUCGCCAAGGUAACAGGAGAUUCGACAGCAGAGAAGUGCAUCAAAGAAGGCAAGCAACAAUAAUAAUCUCUCCAAUUUGCAGAAUUUGGGUGUCUGUGAAAUCUGGAACAGGGCCAGAACACCGCUGAACUUUCCCGGAAUACCCCCACAACACCCCUAAAACACCCAAAAUACCCCUCUCUACGUUUCUUGAAUUUUCGUACUUUUUCAGGUUUAAGUUUUCUAAGACCCCGUCAACUUAGAUCCAGACAAAUUUUUGAACGGACUACACUUGCACGGAUCCGCUUUUCUUUCACAUGGGAGCCGUGCAAGUUUUUUGAAGGGCAAACAGUGCUGCAAACUGUAACAGAAUUUAUCCGUACCCGUGUAAACAGGGUCUAAGUCUUCGGUUCAUGUACAGGUAUACUAUAAAGAUGAAGGGAGUCUUCUUUGAUGUUCCUCUAUUUUAGAAAACAGAGGGAAAUAGGCAGGGAGAAUAAAAUUUUCUACGCUUUAUUAAAGCGCUUUUGCAGGUGAAAAAGGACAUCCAGUUUACCCUAGGGAUACUAACUUUGUGGUAUUGUUUAAAGGUGACCAGAUUCUGGAAUGGAAUCACAGAUCAAUGGUGGAUGUAUCAUUUGAACAAGUCAGGAGUAUUAUUGCUGAUUCGCCAGAGGAAGUCAACCUCGUCGUUUGUCAUAAUACUACCAGGUAAAAACAAACUGAAUGAUUUCGAACUGAUGAGGAGAUACGAAUCUUUCCGAGUGCUCUUUGAGGCACUGUUAUCGCCCCACGUAUAAGGGAUUUCGGAUUCCGGAAUCCGGGAAAUUUUGCUUUGGGCAUCUGGUUAAUAGUGGAAAUUUUUGCUUGUGGAAUCCAGACACCUGGGUUUUGGAAUCGGGAAUACAGCUCAUGGAAUCCGGAAUACCACUUACGAUUGGAAUCCGCAAUCCAGUACUUGGAAUCCGGAAUCCACGGUAUGGAAUCCAGAAUCCAAGACUGUCUUGGAUUCCCUUACGUGGGCGGGCUGUAAGCAGGCGUGAAUUUCUAAGAACACGAAACAAGUACGUUUUGAAGUUCCAAGAGCCUAGCAACUCCCGUUUCAUAGGUGAUAUUUUUCUUGGGAGAUAGUUGAGUUAAAAUUUAAAUCAAUCCUAAAACGUUUAUUCACUCGGAGAUCUCUAAAAGAAAGAUAUCAAACAGUACUUUCGAAGGAAAAAGUAUGAUCAGCUGUUAUUGAUCUUAAGAAAACGUAAGGGUUGAACUUUAAAAUGAUUACCCAAGCUGUAAUCAUUUCCAUCGUUUUAAUCGAAAGCCCGUAAAGAUAUGUAGUUUUGAUCUAUGUACGGUAUUAAGAUUAAGUUUUUAAUAAACAAAGAAAACAAUUAAAAUUAAUCUACUAGGUGUUUUUAAAGGGCUGUAAUGCAAUUACAAUAUCGUAACAUAGCUCCUUUUUGCAAAAAUCCAUUUAUGUAGCUGACUUAUUACAACGAUCGUUACUAACAAAUUUUAUGAUUGAAUCUACACUCAAGUUUUAAGCUGUCUCGCCAACACUCUAGAGAAACAAUGGAGAUGACCUUGCACCAGCAAGCGAAAACGCGCGGUAAGUAGAUAUGUGCUAGCAAUCAUUUAAAUCUCGCCGUAUCAGAUUUCCUGGUUGUAUACCAAAAUAGAAGCCUUACAAAGCGAGACCUGGUGAAUCACAAGAAGCGAGGCGAGUUUAUAAAUGAGUCUGAGUUAGUGUCGUUUUGGGUUUCCCAUGUUUAUGAUGUGGUUCAGUUAUAUCCUUGGUUCCAAUUUUGGUUUUCUUUGUUUAAGACUCAGUACGAUACAGUACCAUACCCAAAGACAAUUCGGAAUCCCGCGAGCGAUCGGAAUCCCGGGAACGAUCGGAAUCCGGAAAGGAAUAUAAAAUUCAAACGGAGGAAGGGUUCCACACAACAUAUAAAUGUCGGGUUGGUGUCUGCAGUUGAGAAGCAACAGAACUGCGACAAAACAAACUUGAUCCGGUCGAUUUUGCGCCCUUUUUAGUGGUCAAAAAACGCUUUGGAGGCGUAUUUUUUUAGUAACCGAGAAAAUAGAAGCGACCAUUGACCAUUGGCUUCAGAAUAGGAGCGAAAAUCGAGGGAAAAGAGCAUUUGUAAUGCGUCUCACUCGUCUUCCCUCUCUCGGCUAGCACGGCACUUUUUAAAAAGCUUUCAGAGAAUGAAGAAAAAGCGUUUGGGGAUGAUAGAAACGUGUACAGGGCUCCACAUGGAGUUAUGAGAAGCGAUUGCAAAAGACUGGGGACGAAGCGUUAGCGGAUGGAACACUGUGUCUCGUGCUUAAUAUUCAAUAGUCCAUUUUCGAGGUCACUUUCAAAAGGAUGCUAGUGCAAAACCUUUUUUGUGAAAAUGAGUUUUAUUUGCUAGAGAGUAAAAAAAAAAUUUCAUAUCAAUGGCCUCACUUUAAAACAAAGGCUUCGGGCAACUCGGAAAUGGACCAUUGCUUUCAGACUUAGUCCAAACAUGUACAAAAUGGUGUCACCAUUGGUGGAUGAUUGACUGGCUAUGGAUGGAGCGUGGAAACUGAUUUGUAACUCCAAUCUAUCUAUCCCAAGAGUGUUCUCUGUAGUUUACUUUCUCUCAACAGACACCUCUUUAAGAUGGACAUCCCCUUUCCCCUCUAAAACGGACAACUAGCCGUACAGUUGGUCUCUGCUACCCCUUAGUCACUUUCCUUGAUUCUCUGUGAAUCUGAGUCUUCCUUAUGGGGAGAAGCGUUUGGUGUUCUUAGUGUUGGUACAUAUGGUAACAGUAACCUGCUUCCCAUUGAUUUACUUAAAUGCAAUUGUUUGAAUUACAGAGAGCUUUACAGGCUGGUCACGAUGGUCACUUUCUCAGUUUAUGACUAAUGACUUCACCUCUGAAGAGGUAGGCAAGCUUUCGCGACAAUUUGUAUGCAAAGGUUAGCAAACGCGGGCAACCAGCGCCUGUUAAGAUAAAAGUGUCAGUUCACGCAUCUUCUCUGGCUCUGUAUGGCCUAAUAUCUCUUUUGUUAUAAUGGACAGUGGUUGUCUCUGAGUAGCCCGGACUAGCUAAGCAUCAAGUUGAGCACGUUUGAAUAACUUCAACAGUGCACACGGGCAACUUUCCUUCGAUUGCGCCCUUAUGAUACAGCUAAGCAAAAAAUUAUCUCUGUAGCCUAGUACUCGUUUCGACUCGAGCUUCCCGUGAAACAUGUCAGACAGUUAAAGCCUCAGCUAUCGUGAUCGAAUGUCAUCCAACUCUUUUGGAUUCAACAAGAUCAGAUGUUGGAUCCGUUUAACUGAACGUCUACUGGAAAAAAAAUCUUACAUUUAUUAUUAUUAUUUUUUCAUUUCUGAUGCUUACCCAGGGUGAAAAUAAAAUCCAAACAGAAAGGAACAGAGGACAAAUACUGGUAAAUAUAGAGAUUUCAUAACGAUUAGCGGUAUUUUCCUUCUCUUCCAUUGUGUAAUUACCUUCCUCUUAUCGGAACGAGAUAUCAUUAACCAGCUAGGCGGCCCAGCUAUGCUAGUUUUUUUAAAUCAAUACCCACAAACUUGUCCUUUCGGUUAGUUUAAACCAUUUGAGACACUCUGUACAACACCUUUUUCAAUCGCGGUAAACUAAGAUAUGGAUGAUCCAAGAAAAUAUAACUUCAUUGCAUCACGUGAUCUGGCAGUUUUGACUUUCUGCGAACUCUGCAAGUUUCAUUCUCGUACUGUUGAUACUAUUGAAAUAAUGUUGGUGGCUUAGGUGUCUUCUGUUCAAACCAAACACAUCAAAAAAAGGCCGGGAUAAAUACAGUUAAAUCUCAAGAAUUAAGUGACCUCAAAAUCUCUAUUAUUAAUUGGCUUUUUACUCAACAAGUCAAAGAGUACGGAGACCAUCAACAAGCUCAGCCUUAAUACUUUAAUCGGUUGUUUGCUUAAAUAUCUUGUAGCUGCAGCUAUGGCAUGAUCCGAAUGGAAACAAUAUCAUAGUCCGGGUGAUAGGUGCGAAGAGCUUAUCACUACAAGACAAACCAAACCAGCUACCAAAUCCUUACGUGCUUAUUUACCUGCUGCCUAACAGAGAGUGAGUAUGUCAAUUCUCUACCAUACCUGGGGAAGCAGCGAGGCCAAGCAGUUAGGACCGGCUCUGGAAUUGCAAUCCGGAAGCCUGAUUUCAAAUCCCGUCCAAACUGUUUGCUGGAUGUGUUCUCGGCAGUCCCGAGUUUAACUCCUCGGUCACGCUUGUUAAAUUGUAAACUCAGGUUAAAUUCGGAUUCUUAAACUUUCUUAUGUUUAUUUAAAAUACAGUUGAAUCUCUCUACAACGGCCACCUUGAGGACAGAAGAAAGUUGCCAUUGUAGAGAGGUGGCCGUUGUCGAGAGGUUGAAACAAGAGCGAAUGAUGUAUGGACUGUCCGCCAAAAAAAAUGGCUGUUGUGAGAUGUAUGGACUGUCCGCCAAAAAAAAUGGCUGUUGUGAGAGGUGGCAGCUGUGAGAGGUGGCCGUUGUGCGGAGGUGGCCGUUAGUGGAGGUUCGAAUGUACGUAUUUGUUUCUGUCCUAACUGUGGGUGACAAAGAAAACUAAAGAGUUACCAGUAAUUGUACUUCCCAUGCGUAAAGUCCUUUUUUUACCUUUUUCUGUUAUCUAAAAGUAACCAACAGGACGAAAUUGAGAACGAACCCCACUUUUAAACUUUGAAGGCGGUAUUUUUCAUAGAACUCUCUCACUUCCCAGCUUCCUCUUGCUGACAAUGCACUCAUAAAGUAAGACGUAAGAGCCGGUAAUGGUGUGAAAAACGGGGAUUUGAGUUCGUACUCGUAUUCGUACUUAAUCGCGUCCUCUUAGUCUAAACUGAACGUUACUUAAUAGUAUAGUUCUUCUACAAUAAUUGUAAAGUUUGAAAAAUUUUCAUUAUCAAGGCUUAAAAUUUAAGCACCAAGUUCUCCGCUGUAUCUCACAGUGUUCGUCAGCAAAGGUAUACUGAGAAGUCGGAAGCUACGUUGCAUAACGUUUUUGCACUGUAUUCAAAAGUCUCCAUUGCUAGGAUUGAGCCAUUUUAGCCUUAAUACGGUAUAACCUUUUCUAUGGCACAAGGUGAUAAUCUGAAUAAUAUCUAAGAGUUAAAUAGCCUUUGACUUUCUCAAUCUCUCUUUAGGAUAUCAAGUCGAUUUAAAACCAACACAGACCCACAAACGGUAACUCCAAAGUGGGAUCUAAGUUUUAUCUUUUCAAAUAUUCCAAUUGAUGAGGUGAGGAAAAUCGUAGUUAGUUCUUAGGCCAAUUUAGUAAAAGUUCUACAAGUGUAAUUCACGAGUGUGGCUAAAAUAGAGGGUCCUAUUCAAUACAUAUUGGAAGUGAAAAAAUGGCCAUAAAACUGUGUUUUUUUUUUCAGUCUUGAGAUCCCUCUUAAACCAUAUUUAGAUACAAAUAUGAUAUAACACAAUAACAGAACCAUUUUUGUGACGUCAUGGGCAAAAAUGUCAUGAUCAGAAAAAAUAAGGGACGGUAAAAGUUUAAUAACUGUCUAUUUCUACAAUGUUAGAAAAUAUCAAACCAUUUGCAUUUAAUUUCAAAAAAAGAUAUUAAAAUGUUUAUACUACUACAUGAGAAAUUUCUGCAAUUUGAUUUCCUUAGAGCAGUGGUAUUUCAUCUUAAUUUGAAAUACCUACAUGUGAAAAUUACAAACCUUUUGUGGGUAGUAGUAUAAACAAAUAAUAGUAUGAUUUGUACGUGAUAUUUGGCGUAAAUACAACUCGUGACAUUUCAAAAUUGUCUCAAAUUAAGUAUAACAAUUUUGAAAUAUCGCUCGUGGUAUUUAUGCCAAAUAUCACUACAAAUCAUGCUAUUACCUAUACAAAUUUCUCCCCAUUUUUACAGGGACUAUCCUUUAAAGAAUAUGGCCUGUUUUGGGCUUCACUCUCUUAUCUUUAUUUUUUCUGGAUUGGACAUUUAUAGAUACUGAGAUCUGCAUGUAUUUUUAAGCUUUCUCUCAGGACAUUGGAAGUAACUUUAUGGAGUGAAGAUCAGGCAAGAAGUCACGCAUUUCUCGGAGAGGUAUCUAUAUUGGGCCCACAAUGUAAACUACUGGGCUAACCAGUAAUUGUGUAAGCCAUUAAAGUAUUAUUUAUUUAUUUAUUUGCUAGGCAACGUAUAACGACAGGUUAAGGAAGGAUAAUUUUGUUUUAAGAACAGUGAUUCGUGUUUUGUUCGGGAGCUAAGGACGUCCUUUUAGUUCAAAGAUAUUUUGUGAAAUACACUUCUGUAGGAGCUAGGGUCACGUGAUCUGUUGGUGCAAAUACCAGUCUUCCACGCGUUGUAUUUUGUGACGGUUCGUUCGAUUAUUAAAAGUCUAAUUCUUAUUACAUAGUUAGCUGCUUACAGAAGCAGGAGAAAUCAACAAUUUCUUCAAAGAUAUUUCACUUACUUCUAGUCUUGGCAAAAAAAGCCCUUUUUUGCAACUUAGCAAUUUAAACAUUUCAUAUAGUCAUAACGGUUCUGCUCCACGCAAGUCUCGCUCUCUUACCUUCUUGCAGGUCCUUAUCAGCCUUACACCAGAGCUUUUGCAAAGUGGGGCCCAGUGCAUGUGGUAUGACCUUGUGGAUCACGAUGAUUCUUCCUUCUCUUUCCCAGUACCAAUGCCUCGUAGACACUCCCUGAGCGAACCAGUCCUUGAACAAGAAGGUACAUCAUAUAAGCCCCCGUCCCAGUUAUAGACCUCAUCUCACCGCCUGUAAGACAAAAAAAAAAAAUCCGAUUAUAAGUCCCCCCCUCCCCCCGAUAUCAGCUCCCCUCUAGUUUUCCUUUUCUUGAAUUAUGACUUAAUUACAGAAUUGUGAAAUACAUGUCUGCAGAAUUAAUAAGCUACAUUCUUUUAAAACAGGUAAGACCAGGGUGGAAACCGUCGCCAACGUAAGAACAUACAGCAGGUCUUGUAGAAACGUGUCUGCACGCAGUGUAAGCUCAAUAGAUCUCUCACCUAGGCGGGAUUCACAUGUUUGCAGUGAGAACAGUCCUCCUGACUUAACGCUUCAUCACACAAAACAACGGCGAGCGGUGGUAAAAGAAGAUAACCUCUGCCCAAGAUCAGAAUUCCGUGAUGUAGGGAUUGAGGAAAGCAACAAGAAGGACAAUAAGAAAAAACACCGAGGUGAAAGAAAAUAAAAGCCUUUAAAUGCUUUUUUUUUUUUGUUUAUCCAAAAAAAAAAAAAAAAAGACGAAAAAAGAACUAACCUGAAUUUUAAAUUUGAACGCCUUAAAGGCGGGUAUUUUAUAUUUCGGCCAAAAUAGUAAGGGAAGAAAGGAAUGGAUUACACACAUUAGAGGAAAAGAAUUUUGUUUAUCCAAAAAAAAAAAACAUACGUGCGCAACAAGCACUGACCUGAUUUUGAAAUUUGCACGCUUUAAAGGCUGGUAUUCUGUAAUCCGGCCAAAAUAGCCAGGGAAGAAAGUCAUGGAUGACAGCCAUUAUAUGAAAACAAGUUUUCAACGAUGGUAGCGAUCACCGUCGGGGAUGGCGACCAUGCAGAUCAUUUUUCAGCGAUUGUAGCUUUCACGUGGAACCAGGCAGUAGUACAUUUGUAGUAGUAGUGUAGGGAUGAAAUUAACCUUUCAGGAGGCAAACCCCUCAUUAAAUGAAAAAGAUGAAGAGGUAUCUUAUUAAGACAAAGUUAUGCCAUUUUAUAUUCAUUUUGUGAGUUUUACCUAGUACACCGUCGAAACCGGUUUGACAGCUUAAUUGUUCACGAUCAAGUCAUCAAAAGAGGCCUAGCUUUCUAGCGGAGCCCCAUAGCUAAGAAAAUUUGGUUACCUGUUCAUCCGUGUGGACCGUACGUCCACACGCCCUCCCGUCCGCACCAUAAUAGGGAAACCAAUGUGAAAUGUUUCACAUGCUAACUAGUGUGGGAACCUGCAACAUAAUAUUGCCCAUCCAUGUUGUGGUCGAUUGACAUCUGUCAAAACAGGAUAUCCGCUGACCAGAAUUUCAUGACCGUAUCGCGGGCUCAGGUGUCGACCCAUCGAGGUUACGUCUUCUUUGAAGUUUACCGCUGACAAGUUUCUAAUUCUCAACUGAUCGCAGGCCCAACUCUAAUUGGAUUUCUUUCUUGCAAUUAUUUAUCAUUAACGCUGAGCUUUGCCUUUAGCCUCGGCUAAAUCUAUAUAUUAAGUGUUUGAUAUCCGAGAUGCAAUUGCAGGUUCAUGAAAAAUUGUCAUAACUUUCACUCUAUUAAGUGUCAAUUCUCUUGUGGUGUAUGUUUUUUUUUGGUUGCUUUCAUCCAAAACAAAUGCCGGUUUGCCGGCAAAUCAGAAAAGAAUUUAAAAGCCUUCAAAUUCCGGGCUUUCCUUUUAGGUGGUAAGAAGUGGAAUUCUGCACCUUGCACACCGGCAAUGAGUGCUCAGGUAUCAACUGAAGAUUUAAGGGAGAGAAAAUCCUCAUUUCCAACCAUGCACAAAAUGCUGACUACACCAGCCUUUACCUUAUCGGAGUUCUUAUCUAAGAAUCAACUACCCGAAGCCAAGCCUGUUGAGGAAGAACUUGAGCCAAAGCAUGAAGAAAAAGAAGGAAAAGUGAAAGGGGCUUUAAGGGUUAUAAAAAGGUAAAGUGUUUGUUGUUUUCUUCUGCAUGCAAUCUUGGGAUUCAAUUCACUUGCACAUUAAAAUAUGCUUCAGUAAUGUCGUUAUCUGUAGAAACAGUAUAUUUUAUGCGUUGAGCGGUUCUAUUCAGCCAUUCCUACAAUCCUCGCGAUCGAUAACUGAUCUUGAUUUUACCAAUCGAAUUUACUUCAAAAUUGUAAACUGAGAAUCGUUUAAGAUUCCUGAACAAUAACUCGCCCUGCCCGUAGCCACAGAUGUAAAUGCUGGUUCCUAAAAAUAUACUAAUUGGACAGCUUAUAACUUUGCUUCCCUCCGAAUGUUAUCAUGUUACCGCAAGCAAAAGCAGUAAUUUGUUUUUGGGUUUUCAGUGCCUUGCUUGCGUGCCCUGAUGUUUUUUGUGAUUGGUAACAGCACAAUACCUUUUAGAAUGAAGAUAAUAUGCGAUGUGAACUGCGGAAAUACAAAUUUAAAUGAAGAUAUGAUUGUCGCAUUGGUAAUUGCAAUUUAAGCAAUUUGCAAAUUACCGUAAAUCCUCUAUUAACUCGCCGGGAGGGGGCUUAUUUAUUUCAAACACGUGGGGGGGGGGUCUUAUUAAUUUAGCGAAGAUGGUGGUAUCAGCUGUCCAUAAAGAACUAGAGUGCAAAUUGGCAAGCUCAAGGACAAGAAGUUAGAGGUCAUACAGCCGAGGAAAAAAAUUUCGGGAAUUCAAGGGGAUUCGAACCCAUACAUGGCCUCUGCGUUCGCGCUGCAGUGCUCUACCAACUGAGCUAUGAAGACUCAUACAUCGAGAGCAGGCCAAUUUGCAAUUGUUUAGUUCAUCUUAACCCGUAAAGGGACUGAAACAUAUUAGAAUGAAAGGUCUUCAGAGUUAAGUUGGCACUGCAGCGCUAACGCAGAGGCCGUGGUUUCGAAUCCCGUUGAAGUCGCGAAAUAUUUUCGACUUAAUUUGCGAUUGCUUAAAUUGCAACUACCACUGCGACGAUCAUAUCUUCAUUUAUUUUAGGUGUUCACGGUUUUCUGAGUUUCACAGCAAUGUAAUGAGCCAUAAAAGGAUCCUAGCAUUUUGGAACUUGAAGUUGAUGCUUACAAAAAGAGAUUCAGACUCUUUUUAGUUAUUGUACAGUACUAUCCUGUAUUCUCGGUUUACUAGGUGUCCAGGAAAUCUGCGAAUUCGCUUAGGUAAAUUGGCUGAGAGAAACCCUACUAGAGGAGUUGACGAAGAAACUGGAGCAUGUGGACCUUUGUCUCCGUUCUGUCUUGGUGGUAACGUAAUUUUUUUCCUUUUUUUCUGACUGAUUGCUCUUAACCACGAGCAAACUGGUUUUGUCAAGGUGAAGGCAGUACGUAUACUGACCAGCUUCUAGCAGCCUACAUAGCCAAACCAAACUAACUUCAGGGGCACCCAACAACGGUUUCCUCCUAAAUACAUUGACAAGUCUUUUUAGGCUAUCUAGAGUACUUUUAGAUCUCCAGAAAUGCAAUCUAAGCAGCGCUAUAAAAUUUGCAUCUGUUCGGUCAUCCUAUGGCAACUUGAGUGUUUUCGAAAAGAAAAGAGCUUCAGUAUUAUUUUCCAGAAAAUUUUAGAUGUAAUCUAUUAAAGUUUUUCGAAAGUGAAAAUUUUUCUGAUUUCUCUCUACUUCAGACUUUCCAGUCUGAAAAAGUUAGGUCUCCUUUUCCUCAGAAAAAGCUUAACCUGAGGAGUAAAAUGCAAAAAAUCAAACGUAAGAAAAUCGUAGGAAUUUAUUAGAUAAGCUACAAACCUGUAAAUGAAUGGAAAGUAAUAGAAAAUUCUGGGUAAUUUAUGCUUCUCCGAACAGAUAUUUACACAAAACAGUCGUCGGGUUCCCCUGUUACUUCCACAGAUUAUUUAAAGUUGUUUGCUUAAACUUUGAAAGUUUUCUUCCACGACAUCAGCUUGGACAUUCAUUCAUUUUUAAUUACUUCUCUCUUUAUGCAUCUGUCACUGUUCCAUUCAUCGCUCUCUCUUUCAACUCGGUGUUGCAGAAAGCAGAGGCAUAGCUAGCCUAGGAUUUUUAACUCAGUUUUCUAAAUCAACCUUAAAACGUCCCCCAAAUCGUCUCCAUUUGUAGCCUGAAUUUCAAGACGAUUACUUCGAGUCGUUUUUACUCCCUCAUUAACGUCUGAAUCGACCGGCAGUUAAUGCCUUCCAGUGACGUCACUAUUCCUUUGUUAGUAAAACACGAUUUUCAACUGGCAAACGAAGAAAUAUGGUACGGAAAUGUCUACAUGAUACAGAAUACCUUUACUCUUUUUGAUCGUAAUUCACUUUUAACAUUUAACUGUCAACUACAUGCAGUACUCUUAACGAAUCUGUUGUAAUUAAUAGUCAAACUUGAUCGCAAUCACGCAAUGAAAUAAGCUUAAAUACACACACGGAACACUUCAAAAACACAACAAUUUGUUUUAAUUGAAAAGAAGCUGGUCGUUAACGAAGAAGGAAGAAAACAAGAAAGAAAGCUAACAGAAUUAUUACACUUGACAGUGGAAAUGACAAGAAGGUCGAAAAAAAGAACUGAAAUCCCAGACAACUUCGCACAAACAAAGUCACUGCCGAAACCACAAAACGGCUUUAAAUGAAAAACCUACCUACUUUCCGCAGGGACUCUUCAUUCGUAGUUCAAUUAAAUGAUUCAUAGUUUCGAAGACAUGGGCAAUUUUCUAAUUACGAUAAACAUCACGGCCAUGUGAUGUUCUAUUUAUUAUAUAAACACCAAUGAACUACCAAACCAUUUCACUUUUAUUAAUAGUUUUUGGUGUGUCAAAUGCGUGAUUUAUUAUGUAGCUCACAAAUAAAAAAUAAUUUUAAAUUAUAUCCUUAAUUUAACUGGAGCCAGUGAAAUGAAUAUAAAACUGGACAAUAAAACUGGUGUUCUUGCUUUCAUCCUUUAUUUCCUAUUAUAGUUCCUAUAGGAUAUAACUCUGCACCUACGACACCAAGUCGGUCGACAUCGACGGAAAACUUGGCUCGGGAACGUUCCCGAACCACCUACAGCGACUAUUUGCAAGUCCCUCCCAGUCCAGGAAUCUUUACAAGACAAAUUUCAAAACGACUCUCCGGGGAAGUACCUCAGUCUCCAUUCGUAACAAGGUAAGUCAUGUUUCACCAUUAUUACUGAUAGUUAGACUUUCAAACUGGAGUAGGUGUCGAGCUCCAGAGCUUAUUAGCUCUACAUACACCGGCGAGAGGAGAUCUAUCCGACCAACUUUAAAAUAUAUUUAUCCUUGAAACCCUUCAUGCUCUUUCUAGAACUAGGAUAUGUCUGCCAGUGGGUACAUUCUUUUCUUAGCACGUAAGCUUCUUUGAAGCUAUUAUAGCUGUGAUCAUGCUCUCCCUAAACCUUUUUUAUGUCUUUCGUGGGGAGGAGUGCGUACUAUUUUCCCUCCCUUCUAAAAAAAACGAUAUUUUUCAAUCGCUCUAAAAGUGAUUUUAUUCUUGUCUGAUCGCUAUAAAAUUUUCACUAAUGAUUGACUAUACAUUGAAAUUUGUCAAAAUGUAGGUUUUAGUAAAAUCAUUUUUACUAUGACAACAAUAAACAAAAAACUUUGGAAUUGAUAAACGCCUAAUUUGCGCGAUUUAGACCAGCUACUGAAAAUCCAACACUAGGAACUUAGAGUUUGGUGAUUAGCUAACAAUCUCCGUAAGAAUUAAAAAAUUCUGUAUGUUUAAAUUCGACUAAAACAAAAAUAUAUGUUUCAAACCUUAAAUUUUCAAUAGCCGUGAUAGAUUAUUUAAUAAAAACGUUGUAAAUGACUCAAAUUAUUCUUAAGUAGCGGCAGAAUGCUGCUUAAUAUCAUACUUUGAUGCUAGGACUUGUCGGUGUAUUUUCGUUCUUGCAAUCUUGAAAACUAACCCGUUUUCUCACCACCUGUAUAAGUGCAACCAGAAACUCAUAAGGGGUUUUCAACCCCUUAUGAGUUUCUGGUGCAACUCAAUACAAAAUUUGGACUUAAUAAGCGCUUUUUUGUAUAUCUCUGAAACGACUCAAACGAUUUUUUUUUUAAAUCUGUUCAGAUAAUCUUCAUAAUGUAUAUAAUAAUGUCUGAAACUUUCAUUAAGACUGAUUCACUGCUACUCCUUGAAAUUUCAAGACAAACCUAUAUCCUACUUACCGGUCAGUAAUCUGCGCAACACCAUCAACUGUUUUGACGUUAUGCUAAUUUUUCCAAAAUAAUGCGCACUAUACAUACCUCCAUGACUUGUACAUUUUAGUUUGAAUUUAUCGCGUCUCAGUUUGAAUGUAAAACAUUGACAGUACUCACACUGAAAUGUACUGGUCACGAUGUCUAAAUUUUUUAUUGCAUGCCGCUAAGAAAAAUAAUGACGCAGCGAAAUUUUUGCGUCUUUGAAGCAAAAUAAUUCGGAAGGCUUCAUUGGCGCACCAUAAAUCUUUGCUUGUUGGCACUUAACGAUAGCUAUAACUAGUUAUAAGAAAUAAACACUCCAUGACUAUUAAGAUAUUGGGAAUAAACGCGACUUAAAUUACUUUCGACUAAAGGAAAUUAACGCGAAAGAGAGGGAGGAAAAGGAAAUUAACGCGACGUUCACAAAGGAACAAAACUUGUUGAAACAACAGAUACAAAGUUAAACGUAAAAUUCGUAAAGGAAACUUUGCAAGUGGUUCUUUCCACAAACGUACAAUGGGGUCAUAAGCGAAGAAAUCUGGCCACUUCGAGGGUUCUUCGCAGUUCCGAACCGAUACUGGCGGAUCUCCACCCUGAUAAAAAUACUUCCCUUUUUUAGGUGAGGUGUCAAGUAUUUCAAUAGUGUAUCGAGAAUUUGGGGCCAAAAUAUAAUGGAAAUAAAGGUCGCGGAAAUUAACGCUUCACAUAAUUAAUGACGCGUUUACUGAAAUUAUACGCGACUUAAAUUAACGCGAAUUGUUGAAAUUCCCGUUAAUUUCACGAAGCGUUAAAGGUACUUACUGUGACUGGGUAGUGCUUUACGCGAGAUAUUCAAAAACGUCCUAGAAAUUAACACAUUUUACCUAGAAUAGAAACCUAAAGCUGGUCAAUCAUUAUUAUCACUAGUACUAAUUUAAGCUUUCGCUGAACUUUUCAGACCAAAUGAAGGCCACUUUUUCUUUAAUCCUGGAGGGAAAAAAAGGGCUUCUUCGAUUUCUCCUCGAAGAAGUCCCGAACCCUUGCAGACGCCAAUACCGGAAGUUAGAGAGAAGCCUGAGUAAGCCAUUCUAUUUUGCGUUUUUGCAAUUUCUCAACCACAUUUAUUAGCGUUUUUGUUGUUUUAAUAGCGGUUGUAGCUAAAGUUACGGGAAUAAUUAAUUUUUUUUGUUGGAGAAGGGGGGUUCGAGAUUAAAAUUUAAAAUUAAAAGAUACCAGUCAGAAGAUUCUGACAAGUAUUUCUUGGGAUUUCAUGAUUCAAUUUAGAAUUUUGGGGGUGCAAAAUUUCUACUAACAAUAAAUUUAAAUUUACUGACAUCUAGAAUAUACAAGAGAGGUGUAUACGAGACUUUUCGUAUUACUAAUGUGACGAAAUAGAAAAGGUUGUUGGUGCCUAUGACCUUCUCAAGCCAUGCACGAAUUGAAUAGGAAUGUGUUACUGCCACCAAGCCAAGUAACAGCCUCUUCAAGUAUCAGAUUCUCAGACUAACUUAAAAUGAGGCAUUUUUGUGAAACUGAGAUCAAGCAUGAUAUGCCAUUUCAUACCAGGUUACAAUUCAGUUAUCCCGGAACGAAACCUUGUUAUGAGGCUGAACAAGAAUCUAGUUUGGAGGAAAGCUCGCAGCAUGGUGUUACUGAAAAGGAGAACUUUGUUAAAGAGGAAGGUUUGCGUGUGUUUUUUUAGAUCUUCUUGAUGUUAUCAAAUUCUUUGAAGCGUGGUUUUGAACUGUUUGUCCAUACUUUACGUACUGUUUAAAAAAAGAACAGGAGACCGAGUGUAAAAACUCACGAGAAGCCGAGAGUUUUCAAACCUGACAAUAAACACGACUGUGAGUUUUUUGAACGGAUUCAAAAUCUCAGAUAUAGAUCAACUCAUUCUUGCACUAAUAUUUAGAUUUGGGGUUAUUUUGUUGCAAAAAGCUGGACGUGAAGUUAUCCGUGUCUUUAUUAGAGAUAAAGAUACUCAUUAAACAUUAAUUUCUUUUUUUUAUGAAUGAUUAAUGAGUUUUUGAACUCUCCUUAGAGCAAUCUCAUGCUGAUGAUGAUGUUUCUCAGUUUAAUCCCGGACUCGAAGAUGUUGGUAUCGAUGUUGAUUUUGAUAUUGACGCGGAAAAUCAAGAAUUAGUGGUUGCUUCUAAGAAGUAAGUACUAUACAUCGUUAUUCUUCUAAAUGUCUAAAAUAUAGUGUAAGGUUUGGUCCAGAGAUAAACUCCAAGGGCGCUUUCCAUUUGUCAGAACUGACCGGCCAGAGCAUUCCUGUCGCACUGAUAAUAUAAUUUUCCUGUCAAUCAAAACUCUCCAGUCAAAUCCUAAACAGUAUGCGUGAGGGAAAUGAUUUUUCAGCAAAAACUCUUUGAAAAAGCCGAUUUCAUUUGCCAACUGACUGGUCCGGCCAUGGAAAGCGCCCUAAAAGUUGCCUUCGACUAAUGGCCUGUACAUUUUUGCACUCGGCGGCCGCUCGCAAUUAUCUAGUUCACCGAGCUACCCUUCUACGAGGGUCUGAACGUCAAACGUCGAACGGCCUUUAAUUUUAACCGUCUGCGGUCGAAAAGGUACUUUUUUACCAUCAACCGUGAAAAAUGCAGAUUAACAUUAACCGUCAAAAAGUUUCAAGGUAUUUCAAUUCAAAUCUCACUAUUUCAGCUGAUCUCCACUGAAUUCAUUGGAACGCACGUAAGACACCCCUUAGAGGAUGCACAAUUUACUGGGUCCGGGUGUUGUGUCGAAAUUCGAUAGGGGAUUUUUUGGGGGAAGGUGUUCUGGAAACCAUUGUUGGUCUGGAAAUUGUUCUUUGUCUUUUCAAUCUUUUGCAUAACGUCAUUUGCUUGGUAAACGCACCGAGCCGCAACAUCGAGAAACUUCCAAGAAAUGUCCUAAUUUUAUCCAAACCCGUAGUAGGUCACCGCCAAAUAUAACAAUUAUUCACCGAAGUAGUGGGUCUGGCCACUAGCCACCGUCACUGCACCAGGUGGAUGAUUGUUUUAGUAUAUACUAAAAUAGUGAUAUAAUUGAACCAAAAAAGAUGAUUUUUAACUCAUUGAUUGCUGCCAACGAUAACAAUUUUGGCACGCAUGUGAUCGAAUAUAAUGGCCAUCAUGUCAGUUUCUUGCCGAUAAGUGACCUUUUGAAGGAAUUAGUUUCGCUGUUGCCGCGACAUUUCUAUGAGAAAAGUUGUAAAUUCUUUCCAUGUUUGAAACCAUUCUGUGAAAAAAACCAUUUCAUUUAAUUAUUUAUGGACUUGUCAGCUAAAUAACGUAACGCUAGACUUGAUAUGCAUCAGUAAAUAAGAAACGUUCUCACCGGCUUCAUCGAUAAAUUCACUGGAUGAACAGACAAAGCUCUCUAAACCUGUAAAACUGCCUAACCGGAUUUCGUCGCCUUCUUCGUGUUUUUCGGGGACAGUUUCUUCCUUUAUUUGUGAAAUUUCUUCGUUUGUUAAUUAGGCUUACGCCGGUGUAAAGUAAUUUAUUACUCACAGCUGACGUGAACAAAGUAAACAAAACAUCCUAAACAAUGAACCUAAACCUGACAAUAGUCCAUGAAACAAAGAAAACGAAUAAAUCAUGUCACACAGGGGAUGACCCAUUUGUUACGGCUGCAAACCGUUAAGCCAUUUUGCUCAUAACUUACGCGCAUUUGGCGUCUCUAGGAGUCUAGAGAUGAAUCAGUGAACAGCACUGCAUAUCUUGAUCGGAGUUUGAGUAGCCAAUCAGAGCGCGCUAAAAACAGUAUUCACUGUUUUGGUAUAUACUGAAGAGACUUAUUACCUGGCAAAAAACAUACUGGGCUCCCCGUGUUUAAUAGCUUCUUGUACAUCUGGAAGUUAAAUAUGCAUGGCUAAUCUACUCACUUUUCGCCGGAUGUGUUUGGUUUUUAGAUCAAGCAUUGCGAGUAUCCAGAGUCAACCGAAGAUGAUGAUUCCUCGUAUUGCCAUACACCGCUCAAGUUCUCCCACUGGUUUAUCUCAGUUCAAUCCUGAGCAGAACGAACCUGUUACUACUAAGCCGUCUGUUGGGACUCAAGAGGAGCAGAAAGGGGCAAUUCGUGCUUUGAGAAAGUGAGUAAAUAAAAAAAAGUAGGGCGCAGAUUAGAGAGGUGGCCUCUGGGAAGGAGGAAGCGCGGUUUCACGCCACGUAAUCUCCUGCACAUAGGGUAUGCUGUGCAGGCUAAUCAAGCUUGUUGCGCAUGUGCACGUCAGUUGAGGAGCCUUUGAAUUAACAGUGUUUAUAUGAGAAAUAUUUUGAUCGUAGAGUGCCUGCCCAUUUAAACCCCUAGUAAACUAGUAGUUUCCAAUGGAAAGUGAAGUACAGAGAGUAAAGCGUGGCAUUUCUAUUAAUUUGAACUCAGAUUACAUUGCAGUUUAUUUCUAUUGUUAAUAUUUGACUUAACGGUUUUAAAUAACUGUGCAGGUAACGCAACACGACGCGAAUGCGAUCGAUAAAUACCGAAAUUUGAACCAAAAUAAGUGUUUGUAUCAAUCUACAUUGUAUAAACGUCCGUGGGAAUAAAUCACCGUAUUACAAGAAAUACGAAUCGCGCAAAAACCCUCGCGAAACUCGUUUUUUUUUAGUAACGCCCCUCAAGUUAAGCCCGGUAGGGCGGCGUUAGGAACUGGACGGGUCAACCAUCGCGAAUAUUGUCGUGAAGGUCCGAAUUUGUUCUUUCUUUUCUUUUUCUUUUUUGCGCAUUGUAAUAAAUUCUGACGUUUUACGUUUAGCUUCUAGCGAGUGUCUUGCACCCAAAUUCCCUUCUCCUUUCCUUUCGAACGCACGCAGGCCAUAUAGUUACUGUUGCAAAAUUGUCCAUUUUAAACGGCUUCAUGCUAACCCUACUGUACUAUCACUGUUCUUGACAUCGCGAUGUGCAGAUACCACGACGACUCUACCAUUUUAACUUCCAUUCCUGCAGGGUUUUUUUCCUUUCAGGUUUUGACAAGGGGUUCCCAUUUUUUUUUAACCUCAAAUUAUAGUAGCUGGUGUAGCAAGCGAGUUUUCGUGGUGUCCUAGGUCAAAUGUAAUAUCUUAAUAGUCAAUGAUGGUGGAAAAUUAUCCCUUUUUUGAAAACUAAACUUUUCAACUAUAAUUGACCUGUCUGCUGUCUCUUGUAAUCAACAUGUGUGUUUAUUUUAGUUCAUAACCAACUUUGUGUCAUUUAAGUCUAACUAGGAAACUUUUCAACUGUAUUUAACACCUGUGUGCUGUAACUUGUAAUAGACUUAAUUGCUGAUUUUUUUUUUUUAUCUGUUUUAUAGCCAUCUUUGUUCCAUUUAACCCUAAAUUUCUCCUAGGUACUCUAAACAGUUACGGCCACGUUUGAGCUUAAAACCGCAGGACAAAUUAUGUCUUUAUGGUGAAGACCCUGUGAAAGGUGCUAUUGGGCCCGGUCAAAUAAGACGAGGAAGCUGCCAAGGUACUGGCAAAAUGCAGCAGUGAUUUAUCCCUGUUUUUUCGGCUGAGAACGUUUUUACCCUCUCUAUUUGGAACAGGGUAUAAAAUCUUAUGCGAGCUUUGCUAAACAGGGUCCAAGUUUUCGUAGGGAAAUAACAAAAGCUCCAAAACAAUACAAAGUAGAUAUUUACUUUUUCUUUGACUCCUGAGCAAGAUCAAGGUAAUUUCAUAACCUUAACGGCACCCCUGCACAAAAGCAAAAACCUCAGUAUAGUACCCACCACUGCCCUAGCCUCCCACGCAGACGUCCUUUGGGCUUCGUCACGCGUUCCUUCCCCACGAACCGCGAAAGCGCACUUCCCAGAUCUGGAAGUGUGAUGUGAUUGGUCUAUGUUUUUUACCGCUCGUUUCAGCGGACGUUUGUUGGCGAGGAUGGCGUGACGAGCCAAAAUAACGUCUGCGUGGAAGGCUACCACUGCCCGGGGACUCAUUCAACUCUCAGAGCCAAAAAGUCAGACUCGUGUUUUGCCAGAAAAAUACGGCGGGCCCUUCAAACAUUUGCACGUUAUAAAACUGUUAAUUGUUAUUGAAAUAGAACGGACAAAAAGACGAGACACUUCUACCUAGUACCUAUUUUCGCUUGUUUUAAAAGUCGAAGGAUGUUAUACGAGAUUACAACGACGAUCUUUAGGCCAACAAUGUUGGCACAAUGUUGUUACAAUCCGAAGCAAAUGUCACAACAAUGUUGCGUCGUCGUUGCCAAUUUGCCCGUGUUACUCAACUCCUCAGUUCUGUUCUAGGGAAUGAACUUGGCUACAUAAGAAUUGGAUUGUCAGCAUUACACGAUACUUUUGAAGUGGAAAUCAUUCGAGCAGUUGCACUUUUGGUUCCAGGAGACCAAUUGCCAGGUACAAAUAAUAUAACAUAGGGUGAAACCAUAGGUUUUUUAAUCAGUUUAACGGGCCACAGUUUGAAGGGCCAUUUGAAGGCUGAUCUUGAGCCUGCGUCGGCUUUUUGUCGAAUUGCAUUACGUGAAUAUUUUCAAGGGACGUUAUCCCUUUUUUAUUGGCUAUUAUGAAUAUACGUAAGAAACUGUGUCAAUAUUUGUCCCCAAAAAGUGUCCCUUCUUGCACUUCGAUACAGCGCCGACCCUUCUUAGUGCAAUUUGACAACCCACCCACUUUUCACAGCACGAAAAAGAAAAAAGUGAGCGUAAUGGGUCUGCUUUUUAAUCAGUCAGAAAGUGCCACAGUUUAAAGGGCCAUUUGGAUGCUGAGCUUGAGCCUGCGUCGGUUUUUUGUCGAGUUGCAUUACGAGAAUGUUUUUGGGACGUUAUCCCUUUUUCACUUAGCAAUUGAUGAAUGAGUCUGAGUAGGAUAUGAAGAAUUAAGCAGAUCGAGGAGGGUGUUAUCCAUCUCGGCCUUCGGCCUCGGUGAAUGACAGCCUCCGAGAAAAAAUUUAAAUGUUUAGAAUUAAUAAAAAAGGUCUCUCUAUGACUAGCAUUAUCAAGCAGUUUAGUGAUUUUUUGGGGGACUACCGAGCAUUUUUUAGGGAAAAAUGGAGAAAUAAGGUGGAACAUUCUGACUGGGGAAACAGAAGCAUAAUGUACAAAGGCCUAAUAAUUUCACAUGUAAAAUUAUAAAAUUGCCAUGGCAGCGUUCAGUAUGUCCGCAGUGUCAAGAUGGCGUCGAGUUUUUAAAGUGUUAUGAAUUAAGAUGUCAGGACAUUAAAAGACGCUAUACAAAACCUGAACACACGAAAUAGCUCGUCAAAAAGGAUUCUAUCAGGUUGUCGAAAAAUUAUCCAGACUUUAAGCUCUUAACUUUUCAGUGCGUAGAGUUCUCGAUCGAUACGAUAAACAUUUCAUAAACCCUCGCUUUAAGGUGUUUCGAUACAGUUUUUCAGAACGAAUUUUUUUCAAACCUAUUCACAUAAUCUUCAUAAUGUAUAUAAAGAUGUCCGAAAGUCUCAUUAAGAUUGAUUCACUACAACACCUUGAAAUUUCAAGACAAACCUGUCCUACCAACCGGUCAAAAAUCUGCGUUACAACAUUCACUGUUUUGACGUUAUGCUAAUUUUUCCAGAAUAAUGCGCACUAUACAUACCUCCAUGACUAGUACAUCUUAGUUUGAAUUUAUCGCAUCUUUUGAAUGUAAAAUAUUGGCAAUACUCACACUGAAAUGUACUAGUCAUGGAUAUAUGUAUUGUCCGCAUUAAUUUGGAAAAAUUACCAUAACGUCAAAACAGUGAAUGUUGGAGCGCAGAUUUUUGACCGGUUCGUCGGAUAGGUUUGUCUUGAAAUUUCAAGGUGUUACAGUGAAUCAAUCUUAAUGAAAGUUUCGGACAUUUUUAUAUACAUUAUGAAGAUUAUGUGAAGAGAUUUUGAAAAAAUUCGUUCGAGUCGUUUCGGAGAUAUACAAGAAAGCGCUAAAAGUCCAAAUUCUGAAUGAAGUUGCACUUAUACAGAUGGUGAGAAAACAGGUUAGAUUUCAAUAUCGCAUGAACGAAAGUACACCAAAAUUUCCUAGCAUCAAAACAUGAUAUUAAGCAUCAUUCUUACGCUACUUAAGAAUAAUUUGAGUCAUUUAUAACGUUUUUAUUGCAUAACCUAUCACGGCUAUUGAAAAUUUAAGGUUUGAAAUAUAUUUUCGUUUUAUUCGAAUUCAAACAUACAGAAUUUUUUACUUCUUACGGAGAUUGUUUGCUAAACACCAAACUUUAAGUUCCUAGUGUUGGAUUUUCAGUAGCAGGUCUAGAUCACACAAAAUUCGGCUUUUAUCAAUUUCAAAGUUUUUUGUUUAUUGUUGUCAUAGUAAUAUCGAUUUUACUUAAAACUACAUUUUCACAAAUUUCAAUCCAUAGCCAAUUACUGGUGAAAAUUUUAUAGCGAUCGGACAAGGAAAAAUUACUUUUAAGGCGAUUGAAAAAUAUCGGUAUGGCCUUUGAAAAACUGUAUCGAAACACCUUAAGGCUCACGAAAUUAUUAGGAUUUGGACAAAACGCGCGUGAAAUUAUGCCUUAAUUUCACUCGUCACCAUCUGAUUACACAUACUAAGAGGUGAGCGGAAGGGGGCGAGGGUGCAGAGUAGGAUUGUUCCUAUCGCCUACGGGGGUAGAGGAUUAGUGACGGUCUUCCCCCUAUUUACGUAAUUUUUUUUCUUUUUCUUUUCUCCAAUUGUACCUAUUUUUUUAUGCGUUCAAUAGCGACACCUUACCAUUAUAUCACAUUAUGAAAAAAUCUAAUUUUUCCGGGUAGAUACAUACGUCAAGACCUAUUUGAUAAAAGAUCAAGGCAGCAGGCUUCUGAAGCGAAAGACGUCAAUCACUCGUCGGAGUGCCGCUCCAGUCUACAAUUGCAAAAUCAAAUAUCCUCUCCGUGAAAUUCACAACCAGGAAUUACUGGUAGGUUUCGGUGAUUUAAAUAAAAAAAUAACAACAAUAACACAAACAAAAUAAAAACGAUCAUCAUCUUAUAAAGAUGUUAUUCUUCGUGGCUUGUGUAAUUAGUUUAAAAAAAUAGGGGUCGUUUGGCCACUUUUAUCGCUGCUCUGCGCCAGUUUGUAUUAACGAUGCAUUUUGUAACACAGGUUGUGGCAUUUGUUAACAAAUUACGCAUUUGAUAAUGAAAGGAAGCUGAGCAUUUUGUAAUCAGGGUUGCAGCAUUUGUGAUCAUCGCGUCGGUCUACGCAAUUUUUAGCAACCAAAACUGCCGCAAUUCGAAUUACAAAAUGCGUAAGUUGUUAAGUUGUUAAGUUGUUACCAAAUGUGUCGUUAUUACAAAAUGUCGAAAAACAAUCGGACCGACCCUGUUUACUGCUAGUCUUCAUCAUAGACAACCUCUAAUGGUGUAGAUUAUAAUUAGCUGUUCUGAACUAUCAGUCAUUGUAUCGUUUUCUUUCUUUCAUUUAUUUAAGGUAAGCGUAUGGUGCAAACAAGGUAUUUUUGGUCGAAAAGUGUUACUUGGAAAAGUCCACAUUGCCUUGGGUUCAUUGAACUUAAGUAUUAAGCAAGUUGCGUGGUAUAAACUCUUUAUUGAUUGUCAUUUAAGUGACGGCGACUGA